GGACAUUUGAAGAGUAAUCGGCGCCAUGGCUCCAUGAACCGUGAAACCAUAGGAAGUGUGGCAGCCCUCCCUACCUCAAGCUUUUCUUCCUUACUGUGACGUUCUUCCUGGGACCUUUGGUUUCAGCCCUGCUGGGUGGCAGUGGCCUACCUUGGCUUAAGCAGAGGAAGCAGUUUGCAGAUCAGGGGGAGCAAUGGCCUUCAGCUUGUAUGUUUUUCCCUUCUUCCAUAAAUUCAAAGUGUUGGUCCUUGUCACCUUGUGUUUCAUGGUGCUAUGGGUGACAUUCAGUUACUUUGUGGACUUCAGACAGGAAAUUUCUAAAGCUAGGAUCAUGGUGGAAAAUUUCAGAAAGGUAGCUGGCCUGGACAACAGUCAAAAAGAAGAGCAGAUGGUAUCAACUGUGACAGUUUCCACGGUGAAGUCAUUUCAGGGUCACUGCCCAUCUCCUUCUCCAUACUUGAAAGGUAUUAGCAAACUCUCCUUCAAAGCAUCUCUCACACUAGAAGAAGUCCAAAAGGAGAACCCUCAAGUAACCAAAGGCAGGUAUCACCCUACAGAGUGCUCAGCACUGCAGCGUGUGGCCAUCAUCAUCCCACACCGCAAUAGAGAGAGGCAUCUGCUGUACCUUCUGGAGCACCUCCACCCGUUCCUACAAAGGCAGCAGCUGGACUAUGGCAUCUAUGUUAUUCACCAGGCUGGCAGCACCAAAUUUAAUCGAGCUAAACUGCUGAAUGUAGGAUACCUGGAAGCCCUAAAAGAAGCAAACUGGGACUGCUUCAUUUUCCAUGAUGUGGAUCUGGUGCCAGAAAAUGACUUUAACAUUUACAUGUGUGACAGACAACCAAAGCACCUUGUAGUUGGCAGGAACAGUACUGGAUACAGGCUACGGUACCGUGGAUAUUUUGGAGGUGUAACUGCUCUAACAAGAGAUCAGUUUUCCAAGGUGAAUGGAUUCUCUAACAGCUACUGGGGUUGGGGUGGAGAAGAUGAUGACCUUCGAAUCAGGGUUGAGAUGCAAAAAAUGAGAGUGGUGAGGCCGUCUGCUGAUGUAGGCAGGUAUACAAUGAUCUUCCACAAACGAGACCGAGGUAACGAGGAGAAUAGAGGGAGAAUGAAGCUUCUACGUCAGGUAUCUAGAACAUGGAAAAGAGAUGGACUGAACUCUUGUUCAUAUAAUCUGAUCUCAGUGGAACAUAACCCUUUAUAUGUCAACAUCACAGUGGACUUCAGCAAGGGGCCCAAGACCUAAGGACAGACACCACAGAGGAUAUUGGAAAUGGCAACAAGCGGGGUUUGCGGUUGCUCUUACAGCAGUUGACUGCCAGCACUCCGCUUCAGCAUGCUUCAGUGGCACAGAAGAAAGGUUGCCUUCACAGUGUCUACUGAUUUUGUUGAGAACCUCCUUCUGUGAGGACUAGACAUAUGGACUGACUCAAGGGACAGGUCUUCACAUCCUUUUAUGCACUUUCUGCUGGGACGUUUGCAAAAGUGUCCUUGUUUGGGCUGCUCCAGUGGAAGGACUUGAAAUAAGUCUCCUGGAAAAAAAAAAAAAUUGUUCUUGCAACUCUUCCUAAACUUUGUAUUUUUUGUAGGGAGAAGGCUGCCUUGUGACUUCAAAAGGCAUAGGCCAGUGUUUUCUCAUUAAAAGUAGAAUUCUUCACCAACUACAAACUUGCUGGAAAAGCUUUCUUUUUUUCUUUUUUCAAGCCUAAAGAGAAACUGCUUGUGGAUGAGGGAAUGGCAAU